AUGUUUCUCAUCUUUCUGUUUGUCAUUCUUUCAAAUUCGAAAAUCUCAUGUUUCAAUCCCGGUUGUUUGACUUGUGAUGAGGAAUCAAGGGAUUAUAAUUGCACGACCUGUAAAAAUGAUUAUCUAUUUGUGAACAGUGUCUGUGUCCCAAAGAAUAUUGUUCAUUGUGUUGAGACAACAAAUUCCAAGUGUUCCAAAUGUGAAGCUGGAUAUUAUUACGACUAUUACUACUCUACCUGUAAAAGUGGGUAUGAGUAUUGUCUCGAUUUCACAGUCGAUCCGCUCACUAAGAUAUACACAUGCAACAAAUGUGUCCCCGGCUUUAUUUUUAAUACCACAUCUAAAAUGUGCAAUAUAUGCUCGCUCACAGAUAAAGAUGUCCAGUCUUGUCUCCACUUUGUGUCCCCUUGUGUGUGUGAUGAAUGUCCACCAAACACAUAUUUACAAGAUGGAAAGUGUUUAAACGAUGAUGCGUAUUGCGCGCUGUACGACGAAAACCACAAAUGCGUUUCUUGUGCAAUAGGCUAUGCGUUGAGCAAUAACAAGUGUAUACGGGGAUCAGAUAAAAACUGUGUUGAGUAUGAAGAAGGAAGUACUUCCGCGUGCAAAACGUGCCAAAAGGGAAUGGCGCUGGACACCAACACGAAGUUGUGUCAAUAUGACUGUGGAGAUGACAACUGUAUAAAUUGUACCAAUUACAAAGAGUGUGAAGAGUGUUUCCCAGGCUCAGUGAACAUAAACGGGAGAUGCAAAGUGUGUAAAACCGACAAUUGUUACACGUGUAGCAAUGAAGAUACCUGCAUUGAUUGUAGAGAUGGAUAUGUGUUGGAUCCAAAUACAAAUCUUUGUGUUGCGUGCGAAGAAGGGUGUGAGUUGUGCAAUGCAGAUGAUACAUCAAUAUGUCAAUCAUGUGAUUUUAAUCACAAUUUGUACGAAGGGAAAUGUUACUCAUAUCCUCAAGGAUCAAAAUUUGUAUGUAACACCGAAGCUCUCACUGAAGACGACUGUUUGCGCAACAACAGCAAUUGCGAGUUUGUGUCUGGAGAGAACUAUCACUACUGUUUAUACAAAGGUUCCAAUUGUGCCGAAUAUGAUGUGGAUGGAAUAUGUAUAACAUGUGAUGACGGGUAUGUGAAACAAUCGGAGAACGCAACAAAGUGCAUUUCAGAAAUACCGUUUUGUUUGCAACGCGAUGAUUAUACACUCGCAAAUGGUACCGUGAUUAAUGUUUGUGUACAAUGCGAGUCUGGAGCAUUUUUAACGGUUGACCGGCAAUGUAAGAAAUGUAAUUUGUUGUGUUCCAAUGGGUGUGUAGGUGCGAUGGAUAAUUGUGUGAAAACGACAUGCUAUCAAAGUAAUUGCCUUGAAUGCAGCGAGUAUAAGAAGUGCACAAAGUGUGCUCCUGGAUAUCGUUCGUAUCAAAAAUUUAGUAUCACAGGUAUCCACGUCUUUUGUGAAUCCGAUAGAUGCGAACAUGCAACGCCCAACGUGAAACAACACUGUUUAAUAUGUGCGCACGCUUAUGACGGUUCAGUUGGUGCAAACAAGAAAGACAGAUAUUACGAACGUGUGUAUGAUUCUACAGACGGACUAUGUUACUAUUACAGCAAGCCCAAAGAUAACACUGAUAUGUCAUCCAGUUAUAUUACUGGUGUUGUGUGUUUUGUUACUACACUCGUCAUCAUAAUUGUUCUCAUUUUCAUAGGUGGAGGCUUUGAGUUUGUAAAAGCAGGAAGAGAAGGAGGAUAUCAACAAGUAAACUAA